CCCCACGUGACUUCUAACUUGUUCAAAUGGGAUGGUCUCCAGACAGAGUCACCUUCUCCUCAAUGCUCUGGAGUAGAAAUUGAACUCGGAUUGUAAACCUUGUGACGGUUGAUUAGAGGUGGCAGCCUGACAGUUAUACGAGUCGUUUGGUAAUCAGCUGUUUCUGCAUCUUGGUGGAGUAAAACAACAAAAAAGAUCACUAUGAAUAUCCAGUCAGUUAUCAACAGGGAAGUGUUUGCCCCCCGGGAUGAGAGGAUACUAGUGGCUGUGGAGGUUAAGAGGAGAAAAAGGAAAAAGGUUCCCUUUCUUCCCACUGGAGGCAAGGGAGAAUAUAUGACAUACAUCUGUCUGUCAGUGACCAAUAAGAGACCAGCCCAGCUCCUCAUCACCAAGGUCAAGCAGUUUGGAGGCUCUGCCUCCUUCACCAGGAGGUCACAGUGGAGCGUGGAGCAGCUCCGCCAGGUCGAUGGCAUCGACCCCAACAAGGACUGCCCAGAGUUUGACCUGGUGUUCGACAACGCCUUUGACCAAUGGGUGGCCAGCUCAGCGGCAGAGAAGUGCAUCUUCAUCCAGAUCAUGUACCACGCCUGUCAGACUUACUGGGAGGGCAAGGAGCGGGUCCCUGGUGGCCUGGCUAGCCCAGCUGGAGACCAGCAGAAGGACCAGAGAGCUAGUCCAGGGGCCCAGGUUAGCCCAGGAUCCCAAGGGGGCCAAAGAGGAGGUCCAGGGGCCCAGGCUAGACGGAAGAGCACAGUGGGUCCCAGGCCCCGCCAGACUGAAUUUGUCAACUGUCAGUCCAAACUCACAGGAGAUGCCUGCACUGUGAAUCUGGUCAUCUACCGUUGCAAGGUCUUCUUCAACCGCAUGAAGAAGGGGAUGGUUUCAAAACAAAGCAGUCCUCAGGCUGGAGGUCACAGAGCAAGUCCCAGUGGGCAGCGCCCCCCAGGGGACAGUAUGGCUAGUGUAGUCAAGAGGGCAAGCCAGGCUCUGCAGGAGCGUGGGGAGAGACUGGGCCGUGCCGAGGACAAGACAGUAGACCUGAUGCACAAAGCCCAGCAGUUUGCAGACACUGCCCACAAGCUGGCGCUGAAGUAUUCAAACUAGAGGCAUCUCUUCCUGUGGGUCCGCUCCUGGAGUCAGUGGCCCUAUUGCACCUGUUGAUUCUAUGGAUAGUAACUUCUAUACUAAUGUUGUGCGGAGGCAUAGUUUAGUUGAAACCCAGUGGACGCUGCAAUUCCUCUGUGAAGAAUCCUAUGUUCUGAGAGGAGUGGAGGGUUGUGGUACUUGCUCUUAGGACAUUGACUAUGUCAAAAGGACAUGGAAACCUUUACAGAUGGGCAGUGGAGGGACGGCCCAGUUAUGGACCUCCUGACUUUAAGAAUGACCUUUAACCUCCAGAAUGGGACCUGUGGAUCACAUGACGUUGUCGUUUCAUGGCAUAGCUAGCUGGUUUACUGGAUGGCCACGUCGUCACAAUGCUCCCACUGCUUGAGUGUACUUGUCUUCCCUGCUUCAGUAGCCUGUGCUCUGAUGACGAGGACUUUAGAUUUUGGGGGUUUCGCAUGUUUUUAGAUAUUUUAAUAUUGGCAUAUGAAUUCUCAGUAAAAAGCUUUUCAGGAUUCACGUGUCUUCUCCGCUAUGGAAGUAUAUUUCAAUGGUGGUUUUGCUCGUUACAUAAAUAAUUGAUCCCUUUAUGACCGUAAACAGGCACACGCAUAGAGAGCAGCUGGUGAAUGUUUGAUUUAGAUUGAUACUGGAGAAUCCAUUUUACCCAUGGGAGGGGUUACCAAUUAGUCAUUUAAUGUUUGAAUGGUGUUGAAUGCGUAAGUAUGACUGUUUCAGGUUACUGCCUUAGUUUUGUGCUAGCUGGUACAGGGGUAUGAGGAACACCUGGUUAAAUGCUGCUUUAUUUUCUUUGCAUGGUGAUGCUUUAGUAAGUAUAGUCUUGAUUUCUUGGCACUUUCUAAAUAUGACUAUUGUAUGGAUUCCUAUAUUGCACUAUAAUUUGCUUUAAUUUGCUUCCACUAUUUUUCACUAAUUCCUCCACUACCCUCUCCCUGCUUGCAUCAUCCAUUGAUUAGUCACUAAUCACUAUUCAAACCAUUGAUUAGUCACUAAUCACUAUUCAAACCAUUGAUUAGUCACUAAUCACUAUUCAAACCAUUGAUUAGUCACUAAUCACUAUUCAAACCAUUGAUUAGUCACUAAUCACUAUUCAAACCAUUGAUUAGUCACUAAUCACUAUUCAAACCAUUGAUUAGUCACUAAUCACUAUUCAAACCAUUGAUUAGUCACAUUAAUCACUAUUCAAACCAUUGAUUAGUCACUAAUCACUAUUCAAACCAUUGAUUAGUCACUAAUCACUAUUCAAACCAUUGAUUAGUCACUAAUCACUAUUCAAACCAUUGAUUAGUCACUAUUCAAACCAUUGAUUAGUCACUAUUCAAACCAUUGAUUAGUCACUAUUCAAACCAUUGAUUAGUCACUAUUCAAACCAUUGAUUAGUCACUAUUCCAACCAUUGAUUAGUCACUAUUCCAACCAUUGAUUAGUCACUAUUCCAACCAUUGAUUAGUCACUAAUCACUAUUCCAAACUCAAGUUGAUCAUCUAUCGGAUCCUUGUCUAUUGUCUUUGUCUAAUCAUGUGUGAGUCAUUGAUCCCCGGUCUUGUCACGUUAUGUGUCGUGUGUUUUUGUCUGUUGCACCAUGUGUAUCGUAAUUACAUGUCUCAUGACCUUUUAAUCUUUAAUUGCUGGUUCCGUGUCAGAGACUUGAGUGCAGCCGGUAUAUUGGUGGGUUCGUGUAUGUAGACCAGGGCUCUUCUAGGUGAGGUUGUAAGCAAGAUAUGGAAUGUUGACUGAAGGAUUGCGUGGGUGAUCAUAAUCUCGUCCACACAGCCAGCUCUCUAUGUGGUAGCAAUUGAGCCUGGGGACGAGGUUCAUGUGAUGACGGUUCAGAAGGCCACUGUCGAGAAGAGACUUCUGAGUUGGUGAGUGAUGAGGGUCACACAGGCUUGUUUUAAGGUUGAGUGCUCUUGCGUAGGCCUGUGGUUGUUAAAUUUCUUUCGACACCUAAGUGUUUUUAUUGUACACAACACUAAUAAAUAAAUUGAUAUGCUUUAUCAGCUGGGACAACAUGUCCCACUUCAUGCUUAACCUGUCAUGGAAUGAGAGGGGAGCCUAAUCUGUCUUUCAACUACUUGUAUCUGAAUGAGACUUAAUUGUGGCAGUUAACUAAGGAGACAAAUCCUAAAAUGGCACUGCAUGCUUUCUGUUGCUCUGUUACUGUUGGUGAUCUGAUGAAAGAUUGGCUAGAAUCUAGAUGAGUUGAAAAGUGCCUAAACUACCCUUUUUUUAAUAUUCUGAUCAUGGAGUUGAAACCAUGAACUGAUGUUAUUCUGAGAAAUGGUGACUAUUUAACAUAGUCUUAGAACAGUUCUUGAAGCUCUGUUUAGUGUCAAUGUUAACAUGAGAUUUGUACUGUUUUUAAUGACAACUUUAAUUACCUUAACACUCCUCUUUUUGACCCAAUAAAUGAAAUGGGACCUG